AUGCACGCCUUGGCGCCGCGGCAUUGGAACAUCACCGUGCCUUUCUCGUCGCACAGCUUGCCCAUCUCGAAGAUGGUAGAGGCUGUUCUAUUCGCAAUUGCCACGGUCCUGAUAUAUUGUUUCUUUUCUUUCAUGGGAAGGUGCAACCAUGAUUUCAAGGCAAACGCCCUGGUUGCUGGAUCAUGGGUGCAAUUUGGCUGCGUGGAUGGUGCUUUCAAUCCGGCAGCAUCUUUGUUACUUACCACGUCUGAGGGAGCCGUGCGGAGAUUGUUCUCGCAGACACACACUGGCCUCACACCCCUGGCUGAUGGGGGUCGGCGUGUCCCGUACACCGCGAUGAACAUCGCCCUGACUGGUGUACCUGUGCCUUCUGGGAACUUUACUGGGACUUUACUGAUUGGUGCUUUUAUUGGGCGCCUCAUGGGUUCUCUCGUGAACAUGUAUUUGGUCCCAGCGCUCCCAGAAAUGAACACUUUCUUGGGGGACAACGAUAACUUCAAGGUGGAGUUCGCUGUUCCAGGCGUUUAUGCUAUGAUCGGCGCGGCUGCCAUGCUGUCUGGCUUCAAGCAGAUCUCGAUGGGCGUCGUCGUUUUUAUUGUCGAGGCGCUGGUCUACCUUCAAUCGAUCCUUUUCUUUGGGACUAUGCCACAACUGUUAGGGCAGAAAGGGACAUUACGUCAAUUGAUCAAGAUAGGUUGUGUUCCGUCUGCAGCGCCGUAUGUUUUGGCACCAGCCCAUGCAAUGUAG